CCGCCAGUCACGCAUGCGCAGUCGUGUCAAAUAUCUUGUCAAAGUGCUCGCAGGGCAGAAUGGAUGCUCUGUUCGUGAUGCUAAAUACUUGAUUUACAGAUAAUUGUACUCCUAAUCCAGACAAGGAGCUCCACCUGAAUGUACCAGUAUACAACAAGGAGGGUGUUCGUAACUGGACGGCUUCUGGUGGGUUCACACGUCGCAGAUGAGUUGCCACGGCUAACCCUGUUAGCUAGCGAGGCUAAACAACAAAUUGCUGUCAUAGCGAGUCCAGCGCUAAGGAUACAAUCAGAGGGGCUCGUGGCUGUUUUCGAGAAUCCCUCGUCGGUGCUGCUGUUGUUCUAGCAGGCGGAGCAUAUGCCAGAUGAGACCAUAAACAGUGUGGCGUUUCGUGUCCCCGCGUUGUAGGCUCGAAAUGGGAAAAGGCUGUAAAGUUGUGGUGUGUGGCCAGGCAGCAGUCGGGAAAACUGCCAUCUUGGAGCAGUUGCUGUACGGAAAUCACACUGUAGGCUCCGAGUCCAGCGAGACGCAGGAGGACGUGUACGUGGCCUCCGUGGAGACCGACCGCGGCGUGAAGGAGCAGCUGAGGCUCUACGACACCAAGGGACUCCACGACGGGCAAGAGCUCCCCAAGCACUACUACUCAGUGGCAGACGGCUUUGUACUCGUCUAUAGCGUCGACAGCUUGGAGUCUUUCAAGAAGGUGGAUGUUUUGAAGAAGGAAAUAGACAAAUCCAGAGAUAAAAAAGAGGUGACAGUCAUAGUGCUGGGGAACAAGACAGACCUGCGGGAGCGCCGCCAGGUGGACCAGGAGGCGGCGCAGCAGUGGGCGCGAGGCGAGAAGGUGAAGCUGUGGGAGGUGAGCGUCGCCGAACGCAACUCACUCAUUGAACCCUUCACGCAGCUGACCAGCCGCCUCACGCAGCCUCAGAGCAAAUCUUCCUUCCCUCUGCCGGGACGCAAAAGCAAGGGCACGCCGUCUAACGACAUGUGAACCUCCGAAGAUGCCCUCACUCCAUCUCCGCUCCUGUUAAUAACAGGCUGCAUUCACCUCACGUGGGAACGACCGAGAGGACAACAUGGAUAGCAUUUAGUCUAGCAGCAUGACUUUAAUGGCUACUGUGCACAUUUGACCAUUUUACACACAUUUAUAUGCAAUAAUAACAUCAUUUUGAAGGAAUAGUUAAGCAUUUUGGGAAGUACACUUAAUGGCUUUCUUUCUGAAGGUAUUGUGUGUGUAAGUAAGCACAGAGCUUGAGUCAGAAUGUGUUUAUCCUUGCACAAAGACAGGAAGCAGAGGGCUAGGUACUGUCAAAAAUGGAAAAAUAUACCUCUAAAGCUCACUAAUUAACACGUUAUCUCGUUUGUUGAAUUUGUUCGCAAAGAAAUGUCAAAAUUACAUUUAUUGAUUUUUAGACGUAGUUAAGUGCUAUAACCUUUUUCUUGAUGAGCAACAGGUUAUCCAUCCGCCCGACGCUGCUGUACAGCAUGUCCAGCUGCGGAGCUGGUUGCCAGAUAAGGUCACUGAGCACAGGUUUUGGUGUUGAUCUCUGUGCAAGCUUGAUGGUACCAAACGGGGCAACAUCAGUGUGAUGGCAAGACUUCAGGGGAAACUGUGAUUUUAAAAAAAAGAGAUGAAUAAAUUGUGGUUUUAGGUGGAGUGUUAUGUUGGACCUGUUUCUUGGCAAACAGCAAAUGCCUGUUGCUUUCUGGAAUCUUGUCAUGGCAGUGAGGUUGCCAAGUUUGGGCGUUGUGGCUACACAUAUACCGAAACCUGUGCUCGCCGACCAUGUCUGGCAACCCGGGCUGUAGCUGGAGACACAGCACGGAAGUGCUGGACGCAGAGAAACUGUUGUUUGUCACAGUAUACACUAGUUUCAGCAUACACUCAGUGGACAAUCUUUUGCAAUUCAGUACAGCAACCCUGCGAUAAAUUCUACCUUUAAAAAGUAUAAUAUCCCGCUUUUACUGAUAUUUUCUGAAAUGAGUUAACACCAUCGCUAAAACAUAUAAUGGAAUUAACACCUCUACAACAGAGUCAACAAAAUAAAUGUUUCGGGCAUUGUAAAAGUAGACUUAAUGGCGGAACGGUUGGAUUGCAUUUUUUACAUUUCAGUUUAUGCCUGGGGUAAACAAAUGUGUUUAUUAAUGAGCUUUAGAGGUGUUCGUAGGCAAAUCUUUGAACUUUAGACAAGAGCCAGGCGAGCAGUUUCCCUCCGCUCUUUAUGCUAAGCUAGGCUAAACAAGUCCUGACGCCAGCUCCACACUUAACGCACUGACAUGAGCGUUAGCAACCUCCAUGUGUCACUCAGGGAAAAGAAGUUAAAUAAGUCGAUUUCCAGAAAUGCUGAACUUCUCGAUUUAAGGAUGCAUGUUGUAGUUCGUCUUUUACAGCAAACCAAACAAGUGUCAACCACGAAGCCAAACCCACAUCCAUCUGUCAUAUCCCUAACCAGUGAAGGAAAGCUUCUCCACACAGUGUGCUUCACACUUUAGUGCGUAGUCGACCCUUUUUGUGAUGGGAAUAACAUCAAGCACUUUAGUACCAAAGAUUUGGGAUAACCCAAACACAGAUGUUGUAGAUUUAAACAUUUGAGUUGUGAGAGUGAAAUAAUGUGCUAUGUCCAUUGCUCUCUUUGUUUGAAAUCUGUAUAUCAUUCAAUGCAUAUCAAUACACGGUCCACCUACUCCACUCCUAAUGUUUUUAUGCAUUGAACAGAGGACUGUGGAUUUGUGCUAGGAAUGGAUCUCUCUGUGACCAGUAUGGACAGGGUGAAUGAUUUCAGCAACCUUUGACUCUUUAAAAACAUACAGGUGGACAUGUGAUUGACUUGAGAACUGUCCUAUAAGCUCUGGCGCCAAACAUUGACUCCUCAAGUGGUUGCUAAAUACUGCGACUAACAGUAUUUCCAAAUAGGAGUUUUGUAUCUAAAAAUGUUAUUUCCCAUCUGAUGUGAAUGCAGCAUUAAUCUCUGUCCCUCGGCAGGACUCAGCUAGCCUUUGUCCAGUCCAUUUCAUAUAUUAAUAUUAUUGGCUUAGCAGCAAUAAUGUUCAUGGUACUACCUUUACUUGUGAUGUAUGAUUUAAUAACGUCUGUCUGACGUUAGUUGCACUCCCGUGUGUCGUCAAGCCUAUAAAAAUCCAAUAGGGUUACUAGUUAAGGCUGUGUGUGUGUGUAAGCCUUUUUAACAGUAGAAAUCCGUGUUGAGAGGAAAUAUUUAUUUUUUAACUAAUUUAUUUUUGUCACUUUAAUGAGCCACAUUCCUUGACUUUUGAAAAUGGUGGGAGAAUGUAAUUGAUGAUCUGCACUGUUUUCUGUGUCCUUAAUGUUUCAGAGUAAUAACAUUUCAUGUGCUGCUAGUACAACAGAGGUAGUGAGAUUAAGACUUGCACUCUGUUAUCAUCGUAACCCUAAACAACUCUGUGCUCUGUAAUCUGUUUUAAGAUGCGCUGAAUAAAAUAUAGCCUCUUCAUAUUAAA